UCUGGAAAAUAAUUCACGUGCGCCACUGCCGACUGUAUAACAUCCCUUCCCUUCCCUUCAAACUCUUCCAUCCUUUUUGAAUUUAAAGAGCAAUCUUCUUGCAUUAGUUGAAUCUCUCAGAUAAUUUGUGGUUUCAUUGGCAAGAUGUGGAAGACAUUUCUAAUAUUUGCUUUGUACUUCAUUAUAAAUAUUCAUGGAUUGGAAGAUGCUAAAAGCAACCAAAUCACCAUUCCUAUAAUGAGAAAAAAAACUCCCAGGGAGCAAUUGUUCAUUGCUCCAAAUUUAAAGCUGUAUGGUAUUGAUUUUGGAUGGCUCCAUAAACCACCUCACAACCACACUUCUACAAAUGACUCGAUAGCAUUGUUCCGGUAUUUGGAUUCCGAGUUUUAUGGAAAAGUUCAAAUUGGACAAAAGGCGCAAACGUUCAAUAUGGUUUUUGAUACUGCUUGGCGCACAUCAUGGGUAAUCUCAAACGAUUGUCCCUUCACCACUGUGGGAUGCCUUGGCCACAACAAAUACGACCAUACCACCUCGUUCACUUACCGACCAAACGGAACCAAUUUCUUAGCGAAUGAGGGACCGUAUAAUUUAACGGGCUACUAUUCAAAUGACACUUUUUUGAUUGGACACACGCGUAUAAAUGGCCAACUUUUCGUGGAGAUGACAUCCGUCCCUGCCGACUACGCCCUAUACAAAUCGGACGGAGUAAUGGGUUUAGGAUUUAAAGUGGACAGCUACGAUCCAUUUUUUUACAGCAUGCUAAAGAAUAAGAGUAUCGAAAAACCAUUGUUUUCUGUUUAUCUUAAUCGUGACCGACAAUCAAAUAGGGGUGGUAACUUAAUGCUAGGAUUUAUAGACAAGAAGCAUAUUCACCAAAAGCAGGUACCCGGUCAAAAUCACUCGAUUCCGGAACAAAUCACUUAUCUGCCCGUUGACCCUUCGAAUGGCUAUUGGCAAUUUAAAAUGGACAGGAUUGUGGUAAACAAAACAAACAAGAAUGAAACUUACCCAUAUUGCGUUGGUGGAUGCGAUGCGAUUGUGGAUACAACAACAAGCAUAAUAAUUGGACCUAUGAACGACAUAAGGGCCAUUCAUAAACUAAUAGGAGCUACAUCUGCAAUCCUAGGGCGUAGUCGUGUUAAGUGCGAUACUGUCAAUAAGCUACCUCCAAUCGAUUUUAUGUUGGCAGGGAAAAAUUUCACACUCAAAGGUCCUCAAUAUGUCCAGAAGAUGUCCAUGGGCCCGAUUCAAUUUUGCGUGUCUGCUUUUAUGGGAUCUGCUGAUCCAAACGAGCAGAAAAUGUGGGUUUUAGGAGCAUCGUUCUUAUCCCACUUCUAUAGCAUUUACGACGUUGCUAAUAAACGGAUUGGAUUUGUUCUUGCGGCAUAAUACUUUUUGUAUUAAUGAUUCGAUAUUUUUUUUCGUUUUCACAUAUCUUGAUAUAUAGGAUGCAUUUAG